AUGUCGCGGAAGAAGGCGGCUCGCAGUAAGGGCAGCGGCACCGCACCCUCUGCCGCGCUGCCCCCCGCCGCCCCGGGGCCCGGCCCCGCUCCCGCCGCCCCCCAACGGGGCUCCGGCGCCGAGCUGCCCCGCAACGGGACCGUGGCGCCCGGGAGACCCUCGCUGAGCAGCAGCGGCGAGUUCUACGAUCUUGCGUUCAAGGUGAUGCUGGUGGGUGACUCGGGGGUUGGCAAGACCUGCUUGCUGGUGCGGUUCAAGGACGGUGCUUUCCUCGCUGGCAGCUUCAUUUCCACAGUUGGAAUUGACUUCAGGAACAAGGUGCUGACAGUGGAUGGGGUGAAGGUGAAGCUGCAGAUCUGGGACACGGCCGGGCAGGAGCGAUUCCGCAGCGUCACCCACGCCUACUACCGGGAUGCCCACGCCCUGCUCCUGCUCUACGAUGUCACCAACAAAGCAUCAUUCGACAACAUCCAGGCUUGGCUGACAGAGAUUCAUGAAUACGCACAGCAAGAUGUGGUCCUCAUGUUACUGGGAAACAAGGUGGAUUCAGCCCAGGACAGAGUGGUGAAAAGGGAAGAUGGAGAAAAAUUAGCCAAGGAAUGUGGCGUGCCCUUCAUGGAGACCAGCGCCAAAAGUGGCCUCAAUGUUGAAUUAGCAUUCACAGCCAUUGCAAAGGAACUGAAGCACAGGUCCAUGAAGCUGCCCAACGAGCCCAAAUUCAAGCUCCACGACUAUGUGAAGAAGGAAGUGAGAGGCUCAGGCUGCUGCAGGUCCUAACGCGCUCGGUGCGUUUGUACAGAGACUCACGCCCAGUGUUUGUGCGCCGCGCUCUCCUCGUGGAUGGUGUGUGCAUGUCUGUGUGUCUGUGUCUGCCUCAGGGGGAGCUGAGAUGUGGGAGUGGAAGCAGCAGCAGCUCCCUGGGCCGGGUUGGAGGCUGGUUGUGCCAUGCACCCUGUGCUGCUCCCCUCAGUGUCCAUCCCUCCAGCUCCCCUCGCCGGUCGCUCCUGCCCGUCUCACA